GAGAAGAUGAAGGACCUGGUCCACUUCAGUCCUGUCAUUCUGGACCCAAACACUGCAAACUACAUUCUCUAUCUGUCUGUUGAUCUGACCAGUGUGAGAUAUGGAAUCAUAAAGCAGCAGCUUCCUGAUAAUCCAGAGAGAUUCACUAUGUAUGCAGAUGUUCUGGGCUCUGAGGGCUUCAGCUCAGGGAAACACAGCUGGGAGGUGGAGGUGGGAGACCAUCCUCUAUGGUUUGUAGGUUUGGUUAAAGAGUCAGUUGACAGAAAGGGAGAGACAGGUGCUUCAACAGGUGAUGGAUUCUGGUGUUUAGCUCUUCACAAUGAGAUAUACACUAAUGGAGUUGGUCGGCCUCUCCGAGUGAAGAAGAGUCUCCAGAGGAUCAGAGUCCAGCUGGACUAUGACAGGGGGGACGUGUCCUUUUACGACCCUGAAGACACGACUCACAUCUACACUUAUAGAGACACUUUCACUGAGAAACUCUUCCCAUAUUUCAAUAUUGGAGAGUCUGGUGAUGCUGAAACUGCUGAUAUCACAAUCUGUCUGAAAAACUGAUAUUUCUCUGUAAUGUUCAGUGAAGGUGGUGAGGUCAAAUUCAUUGAUUC